AUGGGUACACCUCAAACACUCACUUCCUUCAAGUCGUUGUCGAGUAAAGUUGGGGGUAUGCUAUGUUGUUGCAAUUCAGUGAAUCGCUAUGAGAGGUUGGACAAUAAACUUGAAAGAAAAAUGAUGGAGGUCAAGCAAAGUAGCUUACAAGGACAAACCAGUUUUAGAUCUAUCAACAGCAUAAUCUUGAGGUUCCCUCGAUUCAAAGAAGGAUUAAAGGAGAUUCGAGGCGUUUUUGAACUAUAUGGUAAGUUCAUCAAGAUUUUCCCUUUUACCUUUCCAUGUAAAUCCGUUUAA